AUGAUACAUCGAAGAAUUGUUCCAAUAAGUAAAAAUAGUCAUCUUAAGCUUAUGAAUGGGACUAACAAUGUGAGUUCCAAUAAAACUUUGAGUGUUUUAACCUACAACAUGUUAUCUCCGUACUAUAUGUGGCCUCAGGUAUAUACAUACGUGCCCGAUAAGUUUAAGGACUGGAAUUAUCGCCAUAAACUAUUAGAAUAUGAGUUGUUUUACAAACAUAAGGCUGAUAUUUUAUGUUUACAGGAACUGACUACUGAGGAUUAUAACCAGUUUUGGAGAAAGCAAAUGAAAAGAAGACUCAGUUACGGAUCUAAUUUUAUUUCCAAACCGCCUCCUAAAUAUUGGACUGCAGGGUUGCAAGAAAUGGACGGUGUUGGCACAUUUUAUAAUACGGAAAAGCUUGAAUUCAUUUCAUCAACUGUAAUUUAUUUGAAUGAUUUCUUAUCCAUGUUUAGUAAGCGAGAGUUAGAUUGGAUGUCACGGAGACAGAUCACUCAGACAAACGGUGCCAAUGAUCCAGUCACAACUCGUAGUCUUCUGAGUAUUCUUCUUGAUAGAAACCAAGUAUGUCUAUUCGUAUGCCUCAGAGAGAAGGAUACUAAGAGUUUGAUAGUAGUUGUCAACACUCAUUUAUAUUGGAAAUACGACGAAGUGAAGCUGUCACAAUGCUUAACAAUCAUGCGAAAAUUGAAGCAAGUAAUCAACAAGCUAACUACAACGCUAGAAGGUGUGACAUAUUCCCAAAUUAAAAUUAUUUUAGGCGGUGACUUAAAUUCCACACGAGAUUCACUGCUAAUAAAAUUCUUAAAUGGCAACAUUAUAACUCAUGGGGAACUUAAUCUACAGAAUUCAAUGAGGCCCUUUUUAAGUCAUAACGUCUACGAUUCGGUACCUCAUGGCAUAUUUGACAACACUUGCUACUCAGGCAAACUAAAAGGUAUCUUUGAUUACAUAUGGUUUCAUGAAAGAGAUUUUAAGUUGAUCAGCGUGUUAAGCGGCAAAGAAGUAUCAGAAGAGCUCUCCUCCACGGGCCAAUUUGGCCUUCCUAACGAAAUACAUCCAAGCGAUCACAUACCAAUUUUUAUAGAAUUUGAAAUACUUUAA